UUAUUUUCUUUUAUUUUCAAAGUUUGCUUCCAGUUUUUGGUAUCUUCCGGCAUACUGAGUGACCAAGUUUGUUCUCCAUCGCUUUCCUUGUCUCUGUAGUAUUUUUUUUUGUCUCUCUGCAGGCAUUUUGCAGAUAUCAUGGGGAGACGCAAACAUGACAGGAAGAGGAUACCUCGGUCAAAUUUUGUUAGGAGAGAGGCUGAUGAGGAGUUCGAGACGCGUCUCCGCUGCUCAGAAAAUUAUGCCUCGUUGAAGUUAUACAGUAAAAAGUCAGUGGCAAAGAACGAAGAGGACAAUUCUAUUCCUUCCGCAUCUACCGUUCUCCCCGUUUGUAUGCUCUCAAAAAUGAGAAAAACGAGAAUGUCCAGGGACUUCUGUUUAUUGAAACCCAGCUCAUCCAGACUGAUCUCCAAGAAUGGCGGUAAGGAUGAGGUCAGCAAUGAGGAUGGGCAACUUCGAGACUCACAUGAACACCUUAAGGACUUGAGCGCUCGUGCAUUGAAUGGAAUGACUGCCCUCGAUUUCCGUGACAGAAUGCUCUCUUCUCUCCGCACUUACAAGGCCAUGUCAACACUGGAUUAUGGCACGCGUCCUGUAUUCCAGCCUUAUCUUCGACGAAAUCUUCUCUACCUAAGAGCAUUUGCUGAUAGGCCACUUCCUUCGUACACUUUCGGUGAGGAUGUUCCACCACUGCUUUGGCCAUGGAAGCCUGUUCGAAAUGUAGUUCACCGCUCAGCUGCAGAGCGUCGAGCACGUUUGAGUGAUAUCGUGGAUGUUAUGCUAUCUCGCAAUUCUGCCGAAGAGAAGGUGCAGAAGUUUGCUGGUGUGCACGACUUCCACUUCUCUGUUGGAACGCUAGCUGCUUUCAAAAAGACCAUGGAUGUGCAGAUAUUACAUCGUUCUCUGGCUUAUAGAAAGUUUCUCAGUUCUCAGGGAGUGUCCGUACCAUCAUAUCAAAGGAAACAUAACCAUUCAUCGAAUGGUUCUAGCAUCGAAAAUUAUGUAAAUGGCAAUUCUGCUUUGGUGGAUUCUGUUACGCUAUCUUUCAGAAUGGUCUUUCACAAUUUCCUCGAGGGAGAGCGUUUGGCAAAGGUCCAAGUUUACACCGUCCAACAGCAAGAAGAAGUUUUUGGAAAAGUUGAACGUCUACCUUCUGCUACAUUUACUGUCUCUGUGAACGCCCCUAUGCAGCCGGUGUCCAUAGACGUACCAACAAUUUCGAAUGAUGCGAAUCUUCGCGUAUAUGUUAUUGUCCGCGUGGACGUGACGAAUAACUUGAAGGGAAUCCGCGUUGAUGGACACGCUCUCCGGAACCUGCCUACUCGCUUGCGAACAGACAGCGUCAAUCGUGACCAUAAGGUUACGUUUGAGCAUACGCUCUUUGGUGCAAGGUGUCUUUAUAGAAUGGACGGUCCGCUGAGCAAAGGUGGCUUUAUUGUUGGAGAGAAUAAUGUGAUUUUAAUAGAACAAGACAAACUCAGCGUCGAUAUUUCUUCACCGGUGAUUGUGUCUGAAUUAGAGUACUGGUCAAAGCGUCUCCAUACCAACCCUUUCUUACAAAUGAGAGUUGCUGUUGGUCUAAACUACGACGACGACUCUGACUGCUGUUCGUCUAAUAGGAGCUCGCGCUCCUGGGAUGGCAUUGACGGGGAUGAUGAGCUUUCGGCUUGUUCUGAACGUGAGGAGUCAACUGUACAAAGAGUGGAGUUGAAACGUACAAUUGAUCCUUAUCUUGGGAUAUUCAGUCCAGAUGAAGAUGGAAGAUAUGUAAAUCACAUUCGAACUAUAGAGACAAUCUUCCAUCCACUGAAAAACAUGGGAAGGAUCAACCUUAUGCUCGUUCAGAACUGGUUGAGGCUUGAAAUACCGCCAACGAUUAUUUACCGGAUCUCAUCUGGAAUUGCCCCACGUGAUUACUAUGAUGAGCCGUCGAGUACAUGCAAAGAAAAUCAUUCACCAAAGAACUCCACUUUGGCCACUCUUACCGAAGUCGAAGAAAUGGGAUGGAUAACGAUUGUAGAUCAGCGUCAAACUGAUAGAUGCAUAAUUUGUGAACGUCCCUUCAAGAACAUGUACUCUCUUCUGCUACACUAUCAUCUCUCGUAUCCACGCCUCACCUUCCAGCUAAACUUCCGCAUAGACCCUCAGCAGGACGAACGUUGGCAUCGACUCCAUAUUGACGUGUUUUUGAAUCCAGAUUUCGACGAUGUGCAUGAGAUGCUCGCUUACGGCAAACGUGGUUAUAUACCAGCAAGGGACCCCACAUACACUUGGACGCGUGAUCAAGCGAUUGAGUUGAGAACGAAGGCUCGCUUGGACCUUACUAUCUUUUGUGAUUCCUUGAAAUCUGCUGGACAGUCCCUGGAUGACCCCGUUGAAGAACAGAGAUUUAUCCACCCGGAAUCGGGACGAUGGCUUUAUCGUGGAGAGCGUCUUCCACAUUAUGCUCGUCAUCUUCCUGCACCAGGGCAUGAAGUUCUCACACACAGCACUACACGGCGCCUCUUGGAUUUUGUCGAUCUGUCUGAUGGCAGCAAGUGGUUCAUGAUCACCUGGAACACUAUGAUGGUGACCUUGGGGAAAGCACGAUGUGACGAAGCUGGCCCUUACUGGUUGAACAGGCUUUUCUUGGAGCUCCAUAUGGACACGAUGAUAAGAUUCGGUCAGCGGAGUCAUUUUGUGUAUCAGCUGAAUACGCAUACGCAAAGAGGACGUCCGAUAGCAGAUCUCGAGGACCUUGUACUUCGGCUUUACCAUGCCAAACACGAUUACGAUCCCUUAUCGGAUGAGCUGCACCCCUUGAGAGACUGGAUCUACAGCGAUUUGAAGCGUGGCUACGAGCGCUAUUGUUCAGAACAGGAUAAACCGCACAGAGAUUCUUCUGGAAUGCGUCGUUUCUUUCCUAAAAUGUAUCGCACUGAUCCCACUACCAUGUCUUCUCAGCAGCUACAUAAACUUUUUAUCGAAAUACUUGAAGCUGGGGCAGUGGUGCCCUUCAGUCAUCCUUACAGGAAGUAUCUGCUCAAUGUUGUUGAUGUGUUGUUUGGAGGUGAAAUGCCUCCUUGCAUUGCACGUCUUAGGGAUCAAGACGAUAUUCUUAGUGAGCUGAUCCGUAAGCGAGAAGUCUAAGACUUUCGAAAUCAAAGCCUCUGAUUACUGCUUAUGUAGCACCAGUUGUUUUUAUGUUUCUACCGUGUCAUGUCAGAUACUUCCUAGUCUGUAUGUAUUCUUUCGUUUUUUACCAAUUUUGAUGGUCUCAAGUAUUGGUUUUAGGCAUAAUACGAGUUGCGCUUGUUUUGAGUUCAAAUGGUUUUAUUAACAUUAUUCAAUGGCCUUCUGCUGAAUCAGCUUGUUUACUAACCAACUUGUAGCCAUGUUCCGUGUGCAUCUUGUUUGAUCAACUCUAACAUUCCUUUGUGUAUCAGUUCAUGUACUAUUUAUUGAGUGUUUCUGUUCUACCAAUCGUCCUUUCUCUUUUAUGCCAUUUCGGUCAUGCCCAGAAUCCACUAGGACACAGGCAUGAAUCUUCGAUGGUCACCUUCAUGUUUUUUAGAAAGAUGGGGGCGUGUUGAUUGUUUCAUGUGUAUGUUUUCUGUUUUUAGGUGAAUGUUCUCGUUCUAUAGGAGAUACUGUAACUUAUUGUAUUUAUGCUUGUAUUAGACAGUCAAUAAAUGUAAAUG